ACAGCACAGCCAACUCACAGUUGGCUUCAAGCAGCUGAAGGAACUUGAGUAGAGCAGCUUAGGUAAGGAUUUCAGUUCGGGAGCAGCAGGACUGCUGGAAAAUGAACAUCACCGUUGAAAAGGCCGAUUCUAUGAUGCUUCUAAAUGCAGGAGAGAUCACACUUGGGAUAGAAAGUCGGAAGAACAUGGAGAAUCAUGUCAGGGUAGAAGAGAACAGGAACGUUUCCAAAGCUCUGUGUGCUCUGAUGAAUUCUGGAGAGGGAAAGGUCAAGGUUCAAAGUAAAAACCCAGAAUAUCGUUACUCCAAACAUGGAAUAGGAGAUGAUUUGGAAACCUCCUUUAAGAACAUUUUGCCGCCUAGACUCCUAGCCUUCAAGCAAGAUCAAUCUGACUUAUUCAUCAGUGUCAAAUCACAGAGUCCAGAUAUCCCUGUUGGGAAGCCUGCCACCAUUGCAACCAAUUUGUACAUGAGAAAUGGGGCAUCUUCAGUUGAAAUGAGCUUUUAUGCUGCUCAGGAGUUCUUAGAAAUAAUGCAGGGCGCAGGAGGAAGGUCACCUUCAGCAAGGCCUUCAGAAAGGCCUGGUGAUGAUACCCAGGAAGAAGUCCACGUGCAGGAGUUGGCUGCUGCUUUUUUUAAACAGUCAAAACUUACAAAAAUGGCAAAAUUCUCUUUUAGCGAAUCCAAAAAUGUUGAAUACAAGUCCUUUGAAACAAAAAAGUUGCUACAGGGAGUUAAAGAGAUUCUCCCUCGGACUGUUUCUGCCUUUGCCAACACCAACGGGGGGUAUUUGUUUAUUGGUUUGGAUGAAAAGAACCAGCAAAUAGUUGGUUUUGAAGCAAAGAAUUGCCAGCCUAAGCGGUUACAGAGUGAAAUAGAACAGUGCAUCAAGCAGCUGCCUGUCACUCACUUCUGUGAGGAGAAGGGGAAGAUCAAGUACACAUGCAAAUUCAUCGAAGUCCACGAUUCCGGAGUCGCAUGUGCAUAUGUGUGUGCGCUCAGAGUGGAGAGAUUCUGCUGUGCAGUGUUCGCUGAACAUCCUGAAUCCUGGCUCGUGGAAAACAGCUGUGUGAAGAGGUUUACCGCAGAUAAAUGGGUCGAGCUCCGGAUGGCUUAGCUAGCCAGGUUCAGGAAGAGGAAUUGGCAAUUAGAAUAUAUUUAGCUAGAGAAGUUGAAAGGGUUUCUCUGGGAUUUGAGACAAAAUCAUUAGUCUUGAUUAUUCAGUUACUGAUCCUUGAAGUCUGGACUGCAUCUGUAACCUACCUGGGAGCCCACAUCCCUCUCUCCCUGGUUUUCUCUCAACUCCCUGUACUCACUUGCAAAGAAAGCCCCUCCCAACAUCCCCCAUUUGAGCUCCAUUUCAGGAGCUAGGAAUCCUUAAUUGCCUUCCAGGAAUCCUUAAUUCAGUUUUCACUCCUACUCUUUCCCGAGUUCCUUUCUCCCUAACCUUCUCUCCUCUCAGUCACAUUGUUAGACAGUGCUCGGCCCUGUGGUUUAUGACGUGGAAAGUGCUGUGCUGCUGUCUCAGGUCUUGGAAGAAGAAAGUCUCAGAUGAGGCCAGAGCAACACCAGCACAUCUAGUCUGCGUAGUUCCCAGCAGCUGCUUCCGUCUCCCCCCAAGCUCACUGCUGCCUCAUGAUCCCCCUCCAACCUCUUGCUUUUCAUAACUUUUGCAAUAAAUAGAUUGAUAAACAAAUAAAUGCCUCAACAAUUUGUACAUGGUA